UAGUAGAAACGUUCGGUUUCAGAGCGGAGCACUGUGCAAAGCGACGAAACUCCGCAGGUUGUAUAUAACUGCUUACAACGGCGUGAAGAAUUUCAAUUUUCCGAACAUUUUGGAAUACAAUCACGGCCUGAGGCACCUGGUCAUCGACGUACAAAACGAGACGAAUUUGGAGAAGGAGAUGAAAGGGAGGUUCCCCAACAAAUUGUUCAACGUAACUCUGACCGGUCGCGCGCUCAAGGACAUAAGUCCCGACAUUUUGCGAGGUAUAAGGAAUCCGCACUUGCACUUCGGGAUGUACAACACGAGCGUGAGCACCGUGCCGAAGGAUGUGUUCGAUAACGCCGAGUGGGUGAGGAACGUGACCGUUCAUCUUCAUCAUAGCGACGUGCGGACUCUGAACAAUCCGUCGAACGGGUACAAGCCGGGUGUACCGGGGAAACGAUUCUUGUUGAAACUCACCGUCGCGGGAAACUACUUCACUUGCGACUGCGACAUCGGAUGGAUGGAAGACUGGCAGAGGAAGCACAGGCAGUACCAAGAAGAUCGUUGCACCACUUACAGCGAGUUCAAGAACUUCGAGCGGGACGAAGAGGAUGACGAAUUUGAUUGCUGGGACAACGGUUGGGACGACGAUCUGCGCGAAUCGUUUUGCUUGAACAAGAACAACAUGUCGGUACUGGAAGCGUUGAAGACCGACCUCGAGUGCGGAUGGGGCGCCGCGGACUCCGUCCAAGCUCCUCACCGUUCCCUGCUCUUCUUCUUCUUCUUCUUUUUCGUGACGGUGAUUUAUUAAAGUCGUCUAAACAUUU